UUUUGGGCAGAACCAGAACCUGCAGCUACUGAGCAUGCUCCGUGUUUCUACAGGUGCAGAUGCCCCGCCCACUCCAACACUUUCCACCAAGGUGUGGGAGGGGCCAGCUGCUCCGGCAGGAAGACGGACUACGCCUUCGAGAUGGCCAGUUCCAACAUCCGAUACGGACCCGGAGUCAGCAGAGAAAUCGGCAUGGACCUGCAGAACCUUGGAGCCAAAAACGUGUGCCUGAUGACCGACCAGAACCUCGCCCGCCUCCCUCCUAUGAAGGCCGUCCUCGAGUCUUUGACCGCCAACAAAAUCACCUUCAAAGUCUUUGACAACAUCCGAGUAGAGCCUACAGACUCCAGUUUCAAGGAGGCCAUCUCCUUUGCUAAGAAGGACUCGUUCGACGUGUUUGUGGCGGUGGGCGGCGGCUCGGUGAUGGACACCUGUAAGGCUGCCAACCUGUAUUCCUGUCAUCCUGAAGCUGACUUCUUGGACUUCGUCAACGCUCCGAUCGGAAAAGGCCGACCAGUGACCAAAGCUCUGAAGCCGCUGAUCGCAGUUCCGACAACCGCCGGCACCGGGAGCGAGACCACUGGGGUGGCCAUCUUUGACUACGAGCCGCUGAAGGCUAAAACCGGUAUUGCUAGCAGAGCCAUCAGACCCACGCUGGGCAUCGUGGACCCCCUGCACACCCUCAGCAUGCCUGAACGGGUCGCCGCCAACAGCGGCUUCGACGUGUUGUGUCACGCCCUGGAGUCCUACACCGCCUUACCCUACCACCAGAGGGCGCCCUGUCCCACCGACCCCAUCCUCCGUCCCGCCUACCAGGGCAGCAACCCCAUCAGUGACGUGUGGUCGCGCCAUGCCCUGAACGUGGUGGCCAAGUUCAUGAAGAGGGCUGUGCGGGACCCGGAGGACCUUGAGGCCCGGUCCAGCAUGCACCUGGCUAGCGUGUUUGCAGGGAUCGGCUUUGGGAACGCCGGAGUCCAUCUGUGUCAUGGAAUGUCGUACCCGAUCGCUGGAAACGUGAAAAGCCACGCAGCGAGGGGCUACAGCGUGGAGCACCCCCUGGUGCCCCACGGCCUUUCCGUGGUCCUGACCUCUCCGGCCGUCUUCAGCUUCACUGCGCCAAUGUGCCCGGAGCGCCACCUGGAGGCUGCAGAGAUCCUGGGUGCAGACGUGCGGCGGGUGAAGCGUGAGGAUGCCGGGGAGGUUCUGGCCGACACGCUGCGGCAGUUCCUGUCCGACCUGCAGGUGGAGGACGGACUGAUGGCCGUGGGCUACAGCCGAGACGACAUCCCGGCUCUGGUGAAGGGAACCCUCCCUCAGGAGCGGGUCACCAAGCUGUCUCCGCGGGCGCACACCGAGGAGGACCUGAGCCAGCUGUUUGAAUCCUCCCUGAAGCUCUACUGACUACAGCCACCAGGGGGAGCUGCUGUCAGGGUGAACCUGAUGGCGACGGUUCCUCUGAUCUGAGAUCAGAACUUCAGAAGGAAAGAUUCUGGUUCUGAUGCUUCAGGCCUUUCAGUGAUUCUCAUAUUUAAUCGUUAGAUU